AGAACGUCAAUUUACGUUCCCAUUCCAGCUGCAUCCAGUUAGACUACAUAGUAGGGCGGGAUAUACGCUGUUAAAAGAACUGAACGAAAUGAGGAACUUACUGUUGAUUUCAUCGUCCCGUGUGAUCGGAUUUAAAUAUCUGGAAGUCGCCCAAGAUGAAAUCAAAAAUGUACUGUCCUUUGUUUCGACUGUUUUGUUCAUACCAUAUGCCCUGAAGGAUUACGAUGCUUAUUUGAAUACCGUGACGCAACCGUUUACCGAUUUCGGCUAUGAUAUAGAAGGAAUUCACGAGCAUGAGGAUCCAGUUGAAGCCGUGAACAAGGCUGAAGCUAUAUUCAUUGGCGGUGGCAAUACAUUCCUACUCUUGAAGACGCUUUACGAGAAGAAUUUGCUUGGGGCGAUCAGGAAAAGGGUUUUGGAGAACGGCAUUCCAUAUAUCGGUUCAUCGGCUGGUACCAAUGUAGCCACUUGCAGUAUUAAUACAACCAACGAUAUGCCCAUCGUCUAUCCACCUUCGUUUAAAUCUUUGAACUUGGUUCCGUUCAACAUCAAUCCGCAUUACAUAGAGAGCCCUUACAAGGCUGUCCAUAAGGGCGAAACCAGGGAUCAGAGGAUUGCAGAAUUUCUGCAAAUGGAAGAGGCCGGACCUGUUUUGGGGUUGCGCGAAGGCUGCAUGCUAAGAGUGACAGGUGACAGGGCCGUUUUGAAGGGCAUCAACGAUGCUAAACUGUUUCAACCAGGAAAGGAACCCAAGAUCAUCAAAGUCAACGAAGACCUGAGCUUCUUACUUAAUAACUAAGACCACCCUAUUUAACUUAUAAUAAUUUUAUUAAUAUAUAACACUUUUUUUGUUAGAAAUAAGACUCUGUAGCUUAAAUAUAAACAAAAAAAUGAACGUAGGUCAGAAAUCCCUUUGUAUAUGAGUUUUUAAUGUAUACAAUAAACAUUAUUAUUUAAAAGUA